AUCCAGCUAUGACGUCACGCAAAACUCCCAAACCGGAAGAAAGAGAAUCGCACCGCUGUGGUUGUUUACUCAAAACAAUCAUGAAUUUCUUGGUGAUUAACUCUCCAAACUCUGUUUCAACCUCCACAAAAAGGAAGCGGGAAGCCGAGCGCUCCUUGAACUGGACGGUGGAAGAGACGCAAGUUCUGCUGUGCGCGUGGAGCGACGAGCGCGUGCAGAAGAGCCUGGCGGAGAACCUGAGGAACCGUCACGUGUUCAAACACCUGUCGGUCCGCAUGAGCGACAUGGGCUUCUCCCGGAGCCCGCACCAGUGUCGGCUACGCGUCAAAACCCUCAAGGCCAACUACGUGAGAGCCAAGCUGCUGAGGAGCGUGGACAGCUCCCAGGCCGGGGGCUUCAGGUACUACGCUGAGAUGGACGCUGUUCUGGGGAGGAAGGCCCUGGCGGGGGGCGGUGGAAGCAGUUUGGACUCCGUCGCUGGAUCGGGAGGGCGUCACCUGGGCUUUUUUGGCGAGAGGGAAGGGAUCCAGGUCGACUCUGUGCAGGGGGGCUUGGACGGAGGCGUGGGCGCACGGCCGUUGAGGCAGUUGGUCGCAGAGGUUAAAGUGGAGGAGGACAGAGAGGUCAGCACGGAUGGGUUUGAAUUCCAUAACGCCGGAUUCACGUCUACUAUGGCGCACACACAGCGUUCAGUCAACCUCCAGGAGUCUUUACUGCACUCCAGAGCCUUCAGCGCGCCAACAGAGGAUGACCUGAGCUCCGAACCACCCUCCGAACCUCCCAACCUCCUGCCUCCCCCACCCCUCCACCACCCAGCCUCUCCCCUCCCUCCCCUCCCUCCCCUCCCGGAACCCACCCCCACACACAGCGCAGGCCCGGCCCCCACCGACCCCCGUCUCCCCCUCUCCCUGGAGCCGGCCCUCAAGCACCUGUCCGACUGCUUCCAGAGCCUGGUGUCGGAGUCUCGGGGCCUGCUGGAGCGUCUGGAGGUCCAGAGGCGCGAGCAGGGCCGCUGGCAGCAGGAACUGCUGUCCGAGUGGCUGAAGAGGGAGGACCGCAGGCAGAAGGAGGCGGCAGACAGGGAGGAGCGCAGGGAGAGGGCCCGCAUGGAGCACGAGAUCAGGGUGCUCCAGCUGCUCACUGGCCUGGCUCGGCAGAGGUCGCAGCCCCGUUGCAGGUGCGGCCGGGCGGACACAGGGGAGGAGGCCUCGGCCUGUAGGAGGCUCGCGGCCGAGAACGGGGAUGGGACGGAUACGGGUGACUUGUAGUCUAGAUGUCGGUUGAGGGAGUCGAUUCGUUUUUAUUUAUUGUAUUUGCAGUUUUCAACAGACAGUUACACACUGAAUUACUGGUCUUAGUUCAGUCUUCAAGAAAAUAUAUAUUUUUUUGUUGUUCUGUUUUGGUGAAGAUGUUUGACUUUUGUUAGCUUAGGUCAACAUGGAUGGAAUACCUUAAUUUUUUUUUUGUUCAUGAUUGAGAAAAGAACAGUUGAGGCAAAGUAUAAUCACAGACAGCAACAUAUAUGGCUUUUAUCAGCUCCUGUUGUACCAUUAAAAGGUGUUUGUAUUAUAAUUCUUA